AUGAACGGACACGGGCAAUCCGACCAACCCGAUGCCUAUAAUACCCCAGCUUCCCUAGAGGAAGCUGCGGACUCCCCUCAAGCCCACCCUCUGUCGGGAUACUAUUCAUUGAUAUUGAAAUCGAGCUCACCAUAUGGUGGCGGUGCAUCGACAUCGCGCCCGACGCCUGCUCGGCCCGAGGCCAAACCGACGCCGGCAUCUACCGUUAUACCGCAAUCGCCCCAAGAAAAAAUGGCGAUCGUAUUUGGCACCCGUCUUGCCGGCCCAGGCCGAUCCUCGCGCUACAAUCCUGGUGAAGCUUCCCCGGAGUCAACGUGGAAAACUAUAAAUGGAGUCCCCAUUCCUCCCCAACCCGAAGAACCGGACAACUGCUGCAUGAGUGGGUGUGUACACUGUGUCUGGGAUGAUUUCAGAGAUGAGAUGGAAGAUUGGGCAUCCAGGAUCGCAACGGCCAAAGCUAAAGGUGGGCCUGAGAAGGGAACGAAAGACAUGCGCUCGGCGCCUCGAGCGGAAGUCCGCUCAGCCAGUGGAAGCAUGGAUGAUGAUGGCGGUGGCAGCGAAGCAAAUUGGACCCCGCCGAGUGAAGAUAAUGACCUGUUUGCCAAUGUCCCUGUUGGUAUCCGGGAGUUCAUGAAAACGGAGAAAAGGCUAAAGGUGAAACAUCAAAAGGAGGCUACACUGUGA